AAACACAAGGAAAAAUGUCAAAUUUAAUCACAGUAAACAUGGAAAAUUUGAGAGUAUGCCUAGUGACAUUAACAUUGUUGUGUUUGAUUGCAACAACAAUUGCAGAACAGUGUGGAAGACAAGCCGGGGGUGCAACAUGUCCAAACAACCUUUGUUGUAGUCAAUACGGUUACUGUGGUGACACCGAUGAUUACUGUUCACCUUCUAAGAAUUGUCAAAGUAACUGUCGUGGUGGUGGUGGUGGUGGCGGCGGCGGCGGUGGUGGUGAGAGUGCUUCUAAUGUUCGUGCUACUUAUCAUUACUAUCAACCGGAACAACAUGGUUGGGACUUAAACGCUGUUAGUGCUUAUUGUUCAACUUGGGAUGCUGGUAAGCCUUAUUCAUGGCGUAGUAAAUAUGGUUGGACUGCUUUUUGUGGACCGGUUGGACCUCGAGGUCAAGCUUCGUGUGGAAAGUGUCUCAGAGUGAGAAAUACCGGGACAGGAGCACAGGAAACAGUGAGAAUUGUAGAUCAAUGCAGCAAUGGAGGGUUGGAUUUGGAUGUUGGUGUGUUUAAUAGAAUAGACACAGAUGGCAGAGGAUACCAACAGGGACAUCUUACUGUGAGCUACCAGUUUGUGGAUUGUGGGAAUGAGCUGGAUAUGAUCAACCCUUUGUUCUCCAUCAUGGAUGCUAAACAAUGAAUGUUUCAAUAUGCUUUCUCUCUACCUUUGCAUGGUAGUAAUCAAUAAGUGAUUGUGUUUUAGUAACUGAGUUUGAUGCUAAAGUCUUUCUGUUUUGAAAGACAAGUUUUCAAAUAUGCUUUUACAAGUUGGUUUUCAAUAUUUUCUAAUUCAUGCAUUUCUUCCUUGGCUACA